AUAUAAAUAAUACUUCGCAGUUCCUCAGAUCAGUUCGCUUGUGGCUACCGUACCUGUCGCGACACAAUGAAGCAUUAUCGGAUUUUCCGGCACUGAUAGUACGAGUUUCCAAUUUUUUUCUUCGUUCAUUAACGACGCGAUUUCGAAUAGAAAUAUAUAUUUUUUUUUUCACUCUUUUUCACUGUCGCACUCUUCGUACGGUUUUCACGGCUUUUUUCUUCGCAAAUUUUGACUUUUAUUUUUAAUUUAUCAACUUACGAAAAAACUACAGUGCACGCAGGAUGGCGCACGACAAUUUGGGAUUCACGGCCAGUACGGACGCCGUUGACGCGAAAAACCCUUCGGGCUCGUCGCAGAAGGAUCGCAAAGUGGACAGAUUGCCUCUGACGAACAUGAAAAACAAUGUGUACAGCAUCGAUUUGGGGGAUGAAAAACGACGGGCCAAGGAGCUCGAAACCGAAUACGAUCCGUACGAGAACAGGGUGGUCGAGCAUCCGACGACGAAUCUGGAUACCUUGUUUCACCUCCUUAAAGGAAGUCUGGGCACCGGGAUUCUCGCGAUGCCCCAAGCCUUCGCGCACGCUGGAUACGUCGUUGGCUUCGUUGGAACUUUCGUCAUAGGAUUAUUGUGCACGUAUUGCAUCAGGCUACUUAUCAGUGCGGAAUACGAGUUGUGUAAAAGGAUGAGAGUUCCUUCGUUGACUUAUCCUGCAACCGCCGAAGCAGCCUUCAACGAGGGUCCAAGGAUAUUCAGAGGCUUCGCUGGAACUUCCGUCCACGUCAUCAAUGCCUUCCUCCUCAUUUACCAGCUGGGAACCUGCUGCGUUUACACUGUCUUCAUAGCGGAGAACCUUCAGUCCGGAUUGAGCCUCUGGGUCCCGGUCGUCGACAUAAAAUAUUAUCAGCUUGGAAUUCUACUGCCGCUCAUAUUGAUCAAUUGGAUUAGAAAUCUAAAAUUAUUGGCUCCCCUGUCGACGAUCGCGAACGGAGUGACUUUGGUCAGUUUCGGUGUUAUACUUUAUUACAUUUUCCGGGAAGCACCUUCCUUCGAGAACCGUGCACCGGUUGGUCACGUCGAAGACUUCCCGCUCUACUUUGGAACCGUUUUGUUCGCCCUCGAGGCCAUUGGUGUCAUCAUGCCAUUGGAGAACGAGAUGAAAACGCCGAAGGCUUUCAACGCCCCGUUCGGAGUGUUGAACAUGGGAAUGGGCGCCAUAAUAUUCCUGUACGUUGGCAUGGGAUUCUUCGGCUACAUUUGCUACGGUGACGACGUCAAAGGAAGCGUCACUCUCAAUCUGGCUCCAGGAGAAAUUCCAGCGAAAGUCGUCCAGCUCCUCCUCGCCCUCUCGAUCUACUUCACCCACGCCCUUCAAUGUUACGUCGCCGUCGAUAUCGUUUGGAACGAUUAUCUCUGCUCAAAAGUAAAAAAAGAGUCGCGCAAAAUGAUUUACGAGUACAUCGUUCGAACCGCCAUCGUCGUCGUGACUUUUUGUAUUGCUGUGGCGAUACCCAAGUUGGAUCUUUUCAUAUCGUUGUUCGGGGCGCUGUGUUUGUCGGCGUUGGGCCUCGCAUUUCCGGCGAUAAUCGACUGCUGCGCAUUCUGGAAGGUGAAGAAUCGAAACGGCAAGAUUUUCAUGGUGGCCAAGAACGGAUCGUUGGUGGCGUUUGGAUUCUUGGGUUUGGUGGUCGGCACGUGGACCAGUUUGAGUAAAAUCAUUGAGAGCUUUCAAUGAACAAGCCAAUCAUUUUUAUUUGAUUGAUCUUGAACAUGAGUUCACUGUGCUCAACAACUGGACGUUCGAUCAUCCAGUCUUCAUAAACAACAAGAGACGACGAUAUCCGGUUCCCGGGUAUAGAUACGAAUCGCGACGAGAAUCGGAGCCCAAAUUUCCAGUUCUCAGCCACACAUAUCGUCCAAUCGAAGCAAAAAGGAGGAUUAUAGCGAGAUAAAUGAGAGUUGAUUGAGCGAGGACUGCGACGAUGAGAGUAUCGCGAAGGAACUAAAUUUAGUUUAUCCAACUGCUGAUUUGACCAAUAACUACCCUUAAUUAUUCUUGCAUAAAUAAUUGACCAUGACAACUGGGUCUAAAUGUAUAAAAGACAGAAUAACGAGAACUUUGACUAGUGAAUUAGAAGAGAGAGAGAGAGAGAGAGAGAAAAAAAAACGUAUCAGCCCAUUGAACCGCGACCCGAUUCAUAGUUCACGAUCAUACAAGUUUUUAGUAUACGAAGAGUCGACGGAAAGCGAUUGGCGCGAUCGCUCGAUGAGCUGUGUCAUCGCUCCACUCCGUAAUGUAUUGAAUUUUGUAUCGAUAAGCUGCAUGUGCGUGCAGCUCGUUGUCACGUUAACUCAAAUAUUAAACAUCAGUUACCAUUUUCGUCAUUUUCUUUAUCGAAUACUCUACUUAGGAUUUUACGAAUACUGACUCGAGAUAGAACGUCGACGAAUAUUUAUUAAAUUAAGCUAUUUAUCGAGCGCAGCGAGGGCGUAGAGCUUUUCGGAACUUUUGAACUUUAUUUUUUCUACCUGUUACGUCGACAUUUUUGCAUGUCGAUUGAUCGACGUUGUAUUGACAAGUAUUUAAAAAAACAACGAUCUUGUUUAUAUAUACGUAACAUAACGAGAAGGCAAAAAGAACACUACAAAUAAUGAUUAUUGCACGACAAAUAAUAAUGCUAUCUGCCGCAGCUGUGAUGGGACUUUGAUCGAAUGCCAAAGGAGACGCGCGAAUUCUUCGUUACAUCUCUAUUAUAGUUAUAUUAUUCGUGUUUAUUGUCCUAUUUUUCUUCGGAAUGUAAUUUAAGCUAAUUUAACAAAUCUUUUGUAAUUAUUUUUUCGCUUCGUACUCGUAGUUGUGCGACAUUGGAAAAACUCGUUUGUACAAAGUUUUGCGUGUGCGAAAAUACGAAAAAAAAAAAAAAACAAUAACGAAAAUGUCACAAUUUUCUUCUCAAAGUUUGAAUGGACGCGAUGCGAACCGAUCCAAGAUUUCAUCGGGUUUUUCCAAGUUGUAAUAAAGAAGUGGUGAUACAUAAUACCGGAUACAAUGAACACCAUAAGUGAAUUACAGUUUUAGGUAAUCUUGUGAUUUCCUCUUAGGAAAUAAUGAUCGACGUUCGAUACUUUAUUGUACACAAUGUGUACUUGCACCAUUGGAAUUCUAUUGCGCUUAGGAACUUGGCUGAUUGGAAAUUUUAACUUGCUCGAGUUCCUAAAUCUCGUUUCGACGCAAGACUGCGUGCUCCAAUAAAAAAGGCCUGUCGUCACUAAUAAACUAUGCUUAUUGUACAAAUACAUUGAAAAUUGUGAUGCGACA